UGGGAACGGGAAUUUCGUUCAGUCUGGCAGGCCUUGAGUAUAAGUUGGCCUUGCAUAGAGAUUAUGUGCAUUAAGUUGCAAUUUCAUUUUUAACACCCGUUUGAGAACAUAAAGCUAUUUUUACUGUGUUACAUUUGGUUUUUAUCAGAAGAAGUUCAUGGCGCUUUUUGCGUGUGAGGUUUCUUAAAUAGUCGUUUAGAUAAAUGCGUGAACAAAUGGUCGUGAUGGCAAUAACUUGGCGAAGAAGUAAGUGUUAAACCAUUCUACAGCGCGGAAAAUAACAUUAACGUCUCCUAUUUCUUCUAUUGUACGAAGCAAUGUAUGAAUUUGAAGCAAUCUCUGAAUAAACUAAGCACCAUGAAUGCUGUGAAUGGGUGAUGAAAAUCAUGCCGUAUGUAUAUCGCCCUAGAUGUGUCUUUAUUAGUGUUUUAUAUGCGAUGUAUAUGCACCAACUACUUUGCUUAAAUUUUAGCGUUCCAGGUUUGAUCCUGAAAUUGUAACAUCUCCCAGAAUGCCAUCAAUAAGCGAUAAAUUCUUGACUAUGAUUUCCACUGUGAACUUCUCAGUUUUUCUAAUAUAUUCGAGUACAACAUACCUUGGAAAAUGUCAUGUGGAGGAAACUUCUUAAAAGUCCACAAAUUACACAACAGAAAAACCUCAUGUAUGUGAGGUAGCUAAACGUCAUUUAGACAGAUGUGUGAAUAAAAGCAACAUUUGUUUCGUAAUGCAAAAUGUGGUGUAAUCAUGAUGUAUAUAUAAUGUAUACUGUGUGUAACAAGUCAUUUAGACUAAAGACUUAUUUGAACAAUCGUACACUUAUUCUGCAGAUAUGUACAGGAGAAAAAAAUGUACUGUGUAAAGUAUGUAAGAAUUCAUUUAGAUGAUAGAGCACUUUAAACAGGAUAUGCUUAUUCAUGUAGGAAAGAAACUUCACGUGUCUGAAGUAUGUAAUGCGUCAUUUAGUUAAAAACGUAACUUAAACAAUCGCAUACUAAUUCACACUAGAGAAAAACAUCAUGUGAGGUAUGUAACAAGUCAUCUAUUCGGAAAAGUCAUUUAAAAUUCGAUAUGCAUAUUCACACAGGAGAGAAACCUCAUGUGUGUGAGGUUUGCAAUAAGUCAUUUUCUGAAAAACGGAAUUUAAAAUCCCAUAUGCUUAUUCAUACUGGAGAGAAACCUCAUGUGUGUGAGGUUUGCAAUAAGUCAUUUUCUGAAAAACGGAAUUUAAAAUCCCAUAUGCUUAUUCAUACUGGAGAGAAACCUCAUGUGUGUGAGGUAUGUAACAAGUCAUGUAGUGGAAAAAGAAAUUUAAGAUACCAUAUACGUAUUCACACUGGAGAGAAACCUUAUGUGUGUUAUGUAUGUAAUAAUUCAUUUGCUCUAAAAGCUUAUUUAAUAUGCCAUAUGCGUGUUCACACUGGAGAGAAACCUCAUAUAUGUGAGGUAUGUAAUAAGUCAUUUGCUCUAAAAGGUAGUUUAAACAGACAUAUGCUUGGUCACACAGGAGAGACACCUCAUGUGUGUGAGAUAUGUAAUAAGUUAUUUGCUUACAAAUAUACUUUAAACAACCAUCUACGUAUUCACACAGGAGAGAAACUUCAUGUGUGUGAGACAUGUAAUAAGUCAUUUAAUCAAAAAAGUAUUUUAAAAAACCAUAUGCUCAUUCACACAGGAGAGAAACCUCAUUUUUGUGAGGUAUGUAAUAGGUCAUUUAGUCUGAAACAUCAUUUAAACAGACAUAUACUUAUUCACACAGAGGAGAAACCUCAUGUGUGUGAGGUAUGUAACAAGUCAUUUGCUCAAAAAGGUAAUUUAAACAGACAUAUACUUAUUCACACCGGAGAGAAACCUCAUGUGUGAUGUAUGUAACAAGUCUUUUGUUUGAAAAGCCAUUUAAAGAACCAUAUGCUUAUUCACACAGGAGAAAAACCUCGUGUAUAAGAUGUGUAAUAAGUCAUAUGUUAAAAAAAGAAUUUAAACAAACAUACUUAUUCACACAGAGAAAUCUCCCUCGCACGUACUUAACACGCGGGAGAGAAAAUACAUGAGUAACUUGCAUAACAAAUCACUUACAUAAAGGAAAUAUUGUUUAAGGUAUGUAAAAGAUCAUUUCUUCAAGAGAAUUGUUUAAACAUCCAUAUUCACACAACAGAGAAACGUAAGGUGUGUGAGGUCUGUAAAAAGUCAUUUCCUGGAAAUGUUUAUUUAAACAGUCCUUAUUCACAGAUAACAGAAAGUUCAUGUGUGUGAGAUAUAUAAUAAGUCAUUUACUUAAAAGUCAAAAUUAGAAAAGCAUGUACUUGACAGGUCAGAGAGAAAAUACAUGAGUAACUUGUGUAACAAAUCACUUAGAUAAAGGAAAUAUUGAAAGUCAACAGAUAAAAGAAGGUUGGUGUCUUUUGUAGAAAAGUUUGAUUACUAAGAGCCUUUACUUACUGUGCAGAAAUGACUUGUCUGUACUAUAAAGGAAUGUCUUUGUAUGAUAUGUUUUAACUUAUUUCAUUUCAGUUCAUAAUAAAUCAUUGAUUUGUUUCCACACCAGAAAAACCUCAUGUUUGUGAGAUAAGACACAAGUAAUUUUAAAGUAUUGCUGAUUUAAAGCAACAUUUUCUAAUCCUUAGUAUUUAAUUAGUAAUAAAAGGUUGAAAACAGCAUAUUCGAAGAGUGAAAUAUUAGAGACUAGUUAUACUGUUCUGAAUCGGAAAUUUUAUUGAUGUCACAUUCCUCCAAUUUAGGUAAUGUCAUGCAGUGUUUGAAAUGGUGAACAUUUUCAUUUGAAUUAAAAUUUCUGUCACAUUUUGCACUAUAAUCUAGUUUGCAUUACAUUUUUGUGAAAAAGAACAAAAUCUAUAUAUAAUAUAUAUAAUUUUUUUUUUUUUUGUCGUAUGUUUGAAACAUUAAUGGAGACUAUGUUCUUGAUGCCACUAUGCAACUUGUAGUGUCUUUCAA